UCAUUUUAAUCUCUCCCCCUAAUUAUACUUUUUUUAAUAUUCCGUCCCCCUAGCAUUCGUAAUUCAAUUCUCGUAUCUCAGGUCUAUUUCUCUCUGUAUUAUUUCUUUUUUAUUUACCCUUCUUUCCCUCCUUCUCUUCUUUCUCUUCGCCCACCUCGACAGUGCUUGCGCCCAUCUCGAAGCUUCUUCCAGACUCAAAUCGAUUAGGUCAUUGCCACUUCACUUGAGUAACCUCUCCAACUCGAUCAAACAACCGCGACCAUGAUUGGAGGCUCAGAGCCCUCAGCGACCUCCAGGCUUUCUGCCUAUCUCUCCAAAUUCAAUCCCGUGCCAGCUUUCCCCGAGUAUACCGGACCGUUCAAAGUCGGCACGAUUGACGUCGAGAUUCCAGUCGCCGAUCUCCCUUCGCCAGCUCCACAACCCGAAAAUGCCAGCGGUAUUCCAACAGUUCUGUUUCGAGUCUUCUACCCAGCUGUCGCAGAGUCGAACGAGAAGCUGAUUAGCUGGUUGCCUGCGCCGCAAAGACACUAUGUUUCAGCUUACACCAAGUUCAUGGGAGUUGGACACACGCUGGCUGAGCUCCUCUCAUUCCUCCCCCGACACCUUCAUUAUACCUCCAUUCCCGCCCAUAAAAAUGCUACAUUGGCAUCUCCCGAGACCGAAAACAAGCGAUGGCCAACCAUGAUCUUCUCGCAUGGCCUUGGAGGCAGCCGAAACUCAUAUUCAUACAUUGCUGGAUCGCUUGCCUCCCACGGAGUUGUUGUCAUCUGCCCCGAGCAUCGAGAUGGAAGCUCCGUCACUACAUAUGUUCGCAUUCCUGGCCAACACGGUCGCCUUGCCCGAAAGGUGAUCCCGUACAACCGAAUUUCGCACGAAGUUUCGCCAGAAGUAUAUGAGGCUAGAGAAGCGCAGUUAAGGAUCAGAUUGUGGGAAAUGGGCCUGAUACACGAGGCCAUCUUAGCCAUCGACGCUGGCCGAGAGCCUUCCAACCUCAACCUCACUACCCCGAGCCUGAGCCAGUUUGUUGGUCGCCUGCAUGUCAAUGACCCUGGCAGCAUUAUCUUUGCCGGUCACAGCUUUGGCUCCACCACCAUGUACCAACUCCUUAAAAGCACCUAUUACGCUACUGUUCCAGAAAUAGCUGGCAUGGAGGCGCCAUUAUUUACACCUUCAGAGGACAGCAGCAUUCGGAAACAGGUGACAGAGAAGAGUGUCACCAUGCUCCUGGAUAUGUGGUGCAUGCCCCUGCUGUCUCCCAACUCUAGUGCUCUAUAUAACCUUCCGCUUCCUUUAUACGCUGAUGUUCCCUCGGCAGCGGGCGGAAAUGCUCUCUUGGCUGUUGAAUCUGAUGCUUUCUUCAAAUGGUCAGAGCAUCUCCAUGCUACGGCUCGACUGCUAUCGCCCGAUCCAACGGCCAAGGUUGUGACACCAGAGAUCUUUGAGACACCCAGCGGCAACAAACUUGCCGAGCCCAACUUCUUCUACGUUGUCAACUCAGCUCACUUGAGUCAAUCUGACUUUGCCAUUCUGUUUCCCCUCUUGACCAGAAAGGUGUUCAAUGCUGUCGAGCCAGAGCGUGCUCUUCGGUUGAACUUGCGGGCACAGCUGCAGUUUCUCCGAGCAAACAAGGUUCCUGUAGCACGGACAUGGAUUGGAGACCUUGUCGAUGGAGCUCAUAUGGACAAGCUGGAUCUUGCAAAGAAGGACGCAAGCGCGGAGGUAGUGGCUGAUGGAUUGAACGACGACAAGGCCAUUUUUGACAGAAGCGGAAACAAUAUUGUUGACAGCUGGAAAUGGAUCGACACUAUCGGCAUGGGAGAGGCAGAGGAGAAGGAAAGUGAAAAAUCGACGACGGAGAAGAUUGAACAGAGCGAGGAGCAGAUGAAAGGCGAGCUGGAGCCCAGCGAACAACCCUCUGAGCCAGCCACGGUCAAAGGCGUCACUCUGCCUCAAGGCCAUGGUUGGCGGGAGAUAUGAGAUUAAUCGCCGAUUGGUAAUGCUUGUGGUGGAUCACAGUGAUGAUAAUACUCGAUGAACUCCCUUGUGUUAUUUGGCCGUCUACCGGUCUGUUUUUGAUAUGCGUGUACGAACACAACUACCUGUGGCUUCGCUUCUUUUUUGUUCCUUUUAUUCCCUUUGCUUUUUUUCGAUUUUCUUUGUUAUUUUGUUAUACACUUUGUCAAUCAUACACUGUAUACGGAGUUGAGGCAUGGGUUUCGUUUCAGGCGCUGAUUAUAGAACGGGAUGGAUAAUGACCAAGCAAUCAAUGAGAGGUAUAAUUAUACCUCGUAUGUAUUAUACAUAGAUAGAUAGAUAGCAGCGUUUCAUUUGUUGCAAUGCAUCUUUUUUUUGUAUUUAACCAUCCAUGGGUUUCCUUAUA